CUAAAAGGUUAUUCAAUUAUUAGUUUUUAAUAAUAUAUAUACACAAUGUAAUAAAUGGGCCUGAUUGAUAAAAUAAUGAUAACGAAGAUCGAAACGGCCCGAAAUGAAACAUGGGUUGGACCCACUGAUCUUUUUAAAAAAUAUCAUAAAACUUCAAUCAGUCGUCGUCUUCGUCACCUUCCAAAAUUAACAGAUUCACGUCAACGUUCUUCAGAUUUGCUUUCUCUCCUCCCAGCUUCUCAAGUUGAUUCCUUUUCAUCAACGAUUAAACAAUACUGAGACUUUGAACUCGUUGACGAGCUUGAGUUUUGAGAACUCAAAUCUGACUCUCUGUUUCUAUCCAUGGAACCUCCAUUACAGAGUUUGACUCUGUUUCUUGUUUGCUUCGUCUUCCUCGUCUCUGCUUCUAUCUUAGUUGACUCACAGUCACAAGAUUCAUCCAUCUCUCGUCCUCCACCACCCCAAUCAUUAACUCCACCGCCGCCGCCUCCUCCGGUAAAGGUCAAGAGUGACAAGGCGAUUCACGAGAAGCAUCACCAAAGAAAAAAAUGGAGACAGAGAAGGAACCGAAAGCAUCCACAGCCUCGGAAGCUGAACACGGGGAAGACGGUGGGGCUUUUCUUCGCCGGUGCAGCUGCAGCUUUGCAAGUAGCUGUUGCUGCCUUCUUGCUUAUCAAAAGAAGACAGCUUCUCCUCAAGACCAGCAACGAUAACAGACACUGAUUCAAAUACACUAAAGCAUCAUCUUCUUCUUCUUCUUCGGAUCUUUGCUGUUGGAGUUAAGUCAUCUCAGUUUUGGUCCUCUUUUGUCUGUAAAGUUUUUAGUUCUUGAUCCAAAUGAAAAUUUCAGUUUUGCUGCUUCAAAGCUUUAGUCUUUCAGACAAAUCUAUCUGGUAGUCUAAUCUGGAACCAGUGGUUUCAAUAAAAUGUUGUUUGGUAAUAAUAAUCUCAAAUUUGAUGAUA